AUGAGAUUGCAUGGCACCGAUGCCUUUGGUCCACAGCUGCGGGUGCCCUGCGGGUGCGCUGCACAGGAUGCCCAUUGCACAAGUCGGCCAAAGCUGGAAAAGAGUCUUCCAAAGAAGGCCCACGUGACAUUGCCUGCAGAUAGCGUGUUGUGGCUACAUCACACCGGCUCAGGGGAUGCAGAAGAGCACAAGCAGGAUAAGCAGGCAAUGGUGUUGCGGCAGCAUCCCUUCUCCGACAUGCGGCUUCCCAAGGUGAAGAACAAGCACACGGCAACGGUGCAGGUCUCUGCGGAGGAUCUCAUCCCUGGCCCUCCGCUGAGUCUUUCAGGAGAAAGAUCUGCGGCUUCGGAGAUCGGGCCGUCCAAGCUUGAGGCAGCAGAGGAAGCAUUGGCUCUUCAAGAGUUCAAGCGCGAGCGACAGGAGGUAAAGUCGGCAUCCGAGCCGACGAGGAUCGUCUUCAAAACCCGCGCAAGAUCUAUGAACCUGGGAGUGCGGGCUACGUUGCGAGUCCGCCGCAGUGACUGGGCAAAGCGUCGCCUGCUUUGCAUUGCCAUUUGCAAGGAAGAUGCCUGCCACUGUCCCUUGGCGAAGCUCCCCCAGGGUUUUCUCCGCUUCUUUGUGGACCACGUCUUUUCAUUCUUGGCGGAUGGUUUCACCACGAGAAGUGCCUCUUGCGCCAGACUGCUCGGCAAGGAUAAAGACAAAGAUGCCAAGAAGGGUAAGGCUGAAAAGCCGAAGAGCAAUGCCCCGGUAAAUGGCAAAGAUGGGGACGAAAAGAAGCGAGAAAAGGACAAGGCGAAGGAGGGCCUGAAGGAAAAGGAGAAGGAGAAGGACAGAAUAAAGGAAAAGGAGAAGGAGAAGGAGAAGGACACAAUAAAGGAAAAGCAGCGUGAGAAGGAAAGGUCAAAAGAGAAGGAGAGAACGAAGGACCAAACAUCAGAAAGCCGACGAAAAGACAAGAAGGAAAGGGAUAAGAGUCGAAAGCGAGAGCCACUGGCAGACCUGGUGAUCUUGCGUACGAUCUACUUGGAGACCAUGCGCCAGGUCGUCCUCAUGCUGUGCAUGGCAGCUGGGGCGGCCGGCGACACGGAGUCUUCCGAUGCGGACGUGACGAAUCUGCUUCAGCUGAUCAGCCCACUGCCUGAUGCAUCGGGAGCUCACAGCCACCUCCACGGCUCUGACUUCACUUCACCAGACGACAAGUGGAGCACACCAGCUCUGACCGUGAAGGCCGUGAAACCAGCAACGAGAGCAAAGAUUGUCGUUACGGAACGCCACCUUGCUAGCAGUCAAAGGACGGCAGUUCCCACAAUCCGUUCCAUGCCCGCCUCCUUGGCAGAGCCCGCUCAACUCGCCCACCUCGGUGCCACGAAGCCCAAAGUCAGGAAUUCCAAGGCACUCGCCGUGAAGGCAACGAAGAAAGUCGCUCCAAUGGCACAUGCCAAAAAAGCGACUAAAGCGAAGAAGGCCAAGAAGAAGAGCGACAGCCAACCAGAGGCGGCCGAAGAGGUCAAGCAAGGCGUCCCACAAAGAAGGAAAGCAAAGAAAGCUCCGAUCUCCAAGGAGGUUCUUGUGAAGACUUCCCCGGCAGUCCAGAAACACCAGGCGAUCUCACAGUCACGGUCAUCGCAGUCCCAGGAGAGUCUGCAGGCAGCGGCCAGCAGGAAAGCGUGCAGGGACUUUUUGCAGGAGUGCCGUAUGGACUUGAAGGUUGAUGCCUGCCUGCGAUACAAGUCUUCCUGCCUGGCUGGCGCGGCUGGCGCGUCGAAACCAGAGCCAGAGCUUGUCGAGUCCCAAGCCGUGGGCCAGUCGGAGCCCGGCAUCUCUCAGAUGGCAGACCCGAGCCAAGCUCCAGCCGGAGAGCCGGCGGCUGAAGAGCCGGCGGCUGAAGAGCCGGCGGCUGAAGAGCCGGCGGCGGAGCCUGCAGAGCCCACGCCCGCGGAGCCGCAGAGAAAGCAGAGCGCGGAUGCUUUGGAUAAUGGCAUCAGCCAGUCUGGCGUGGGUGGCUUUGGAACCGACGCAGAGCCAGAACCUGUUGAGGUGCCGGCUUCUGAAGAUGUGACCGGUCCAAUUGCAGAGGAGGCGGAGGCGGAGGAGGCAGAGGCAGAGGCAGCAGAGUCUUCAGAGCAAGAUGCCACAGAGCCAGAGCAAAGUGUCUCUCCCACGGCAGAGGUGCCAGAGGCUGAGGAAGCAGAGGCAACAGAGCCAGAUGCGGCGGAGCCAGCACAGAGCGCUGCAGCAGAGGCGGCUGAGGCAGCGGCACCAGAGCAAGAUGCGACGGAGCCAGUACAAAGCGUCUCUCCCGAAGCGGAUGAGGCUGAAGCAGAGGUAGCAGAGCAAGGUGCGAUGGAGGCAGAGGCAGCAGAGGCACCAGAGCAAGAUGCGACAGAGCCAAUGCAAAGUGUCUCACCCGUGGCAGAAGCGCCGGAGGCUGAGGCAGAGGUACCAGAUGCGACGGAGCAAGAUGCGACAGAGGCUGGGGCAGCAGAGGUACCAGAGCAAGAUGCGACGGAGCCUGUACAAAGUGUCUCGCCUGCAGCAGAAGCGCCGGAGGCUGAGGCAGAGGUACCAGAUGCGACGGAGGCUGGGGCAGCACCGGCACCAGAGCGAAAUGCCACGGAGCCAGCAGAGGCGCCGGAGGCUGAGGCAGAGGCACCAGAGGCACCAGAGGCACCAGAGCAAGAUGCGAUGGAGCCGAAAUCAGAGGCAGACGGUGUGGAGACGGAACCCGUCGAUGGCGAACCCGCCACCUCCAGUGCCGACCGUGUACUCGAGCCAGAGGUCCCUGUGAAAGCUGAAGCCUUGAAAUCUGGAGUUUCUGAGCCUGAAGAAGCUGCACCGAUCGGCUUGAAGAGCCAGGCCAUGUCUUCGGUCUCGGACCCGCCAAAAGCCAACGCAGCCUGGGUGUUCGGGCAGGCAGCCAGCACCUUGACCAACAACCAAGAGGUAGGGCUUCAGAGUACGACUUUCGGAUUGACACGGGUGGAUGCCUUGGGAACUUCAGCUGGAUCCCUCACCUUGGCUCAGAGGGAGCUUGAGAAUCAACGCUUAACCAGUGUCAAGGAGAACCUCUGUGCAUUGUGGCACACCAUGUGUGGGCGUGUUGCCACGGCAGAGAUGUGCGUGAAGUACGCAGGUGUGUGCCAGUGA